AUGGCUGAGAACGAUAACGAAGCUGUAUAUCUAAGAGUUCAUCUACACUACAAUGGUGUAUUUGUUCGACAUCCUUAUGGGUAUGUUGGUGGGAAUCAGUUCCUCUUCACUGAUGUUGAUUGGGCAGGUAUGGAUGUAAGGGAUUUUUUUGAUUUUCUUUAUAGAGCUAUCGGGGAAGAGUUUCAAAACGUGUACUACUGCUUACCUAACAUCCCUUUAUCUAGAGGGAUUCGUCCCAUUGUAGAUGAUUUGGAUUUUGCCCAAUUUAUAGAUAGCAGGUAUGAAAACGGGGAAAUUUCAGUUUAUGUUGAUCAUAAUAGGAAUGGGUUGGAGGAAUGGUGGGAUGCUGACAUGAAUUUGGUUGUUAGUGAAGAUAAUGAAAGUGGCCUUGAAGAUGAUGGUGUACCUAUAAAUGAAGAAAACACUGCCCCUGAUGAAACCCAUCCUAAUGUAGGUCUUGAAGAUGAAGUAAUUGACAUUGACAAAAUACCUUUGAACAAGACGACUGGGGAUGAGUUUCUUAGUAAGUUAUGUCCUCCAGAAGGUGAAAUUGGUGACAAUGAAGUUGAAGAAGAAGAUGUUGAGAUCCAUUACAUUUUCAACCCUGAUAUGCAAUGGAAGAGGCAAAUGUUUUGGUUAGGCCUUAUUGGGCCAAGCGGCCCAUUAAUGACUUUUAUCUUGGAUCUUGGGCCCAUUAGCGAAGGGAAGACUUUUGGGUCACUAGGGAAAGAAUUAGGCUUAGAUGAUUGGACUCUUUAA